AUGAUCCGAGAACUAACGGCCAAGAUAGGGACCCUAACACAGGCCCACAAGCAAACACUAGACGACACACUUCUCAGGAAACUCACAGCAGCCCGUGAAGAACUAGCACGGACCCUGCGGCAAUCGUACACUAGGGCCCUCCAACGCACUAAAUCAUUCUUCUACACAGAAGGGGAUAAGUGCGGCAGGUUGCUGGCCAGAAUGAUCAACAAAAAACGCUCCAUGACAUAUAUUGCACGCAUGCGCAAUGCCGCAGGCCAACUACACCACAUGCCAGAUCAAAUCGCCACAGCUGUAACCCGCUUCUACACGGACCUUUACGCGAUUCCCCCCCACGCCCCUCGGGCGGACCCUAACGUGGGAACGACCCGCAUGAACGCAUACCUCACUAAAUACACUAAACUCUCCUCAGAUGCAGCAGAGGCUUUGGUUUUAGAGGCGCCCCUGACAGAGGGGGAACUGGCCCUAGCCAUCAAAUCCUCAACGGCCUCCCUCUCAAAUACUAUAAAACCUUCCUGGCCACAUUGUCCCCUCAAUUUAUCUCGGCCUUCAACGCUGCUGGGGGAUAGUAUUUCCCUCUGGCAGCAGGACAAUAUUGGCCACUAG